CACACACACACUUCAACUUUACACUUUUCCAGCGAUCAUUGCUGUUCGCGUACGGUUCAACAACACGGAGCUUUGAUUUCACACCACGAACAGCGCCUUUAGGAUUUUGUACUAAAACCACUGGAUUUCACGACCGAUUUGCGGAUAAUCGAUUUGAAUUUGAGAGAAAAACUGAAGGCGAACAGGUUUGUAAAGGAUCAACAGAUUGUUCAUCUUAAUUCAUUGGUUGGAAUGGAUUUAUAUGUACGUGAACGGCUCUCAUUGACACGUGUUGUCGGGAAAGCGUAAGCGAUUCGUGCGGUGAAACUUUUCAACAUUUUCUUCUCGAUUCGUCUUCAUUUCGGACCUGACGGGGAAAGUUUUCAAAGGGAGAUUAUACAUCUGAUUUGUUGGAGUAUUAUCAGAUCUUUGAGUGAUACAUUGUCGCAUUGAUGGAUACAAUCAUUCUGCUACAACCUGUUGCGUUCUGGAAUGUUUGGAAUCCUUUGAAGUGGACGCGCAGAAGUGAGAGAUUAUGACGUGACUUUAUUAGUGCGUGCGCGCGGGAAACAACAGCAAAUCACAAUAUGUUUCCAGUAUUAGCGAUCUGACUGGAAGCUCAGGUGAUCACAUCAAACUCUAUGGGUCACCUGUGUGUUUUACAGUGGUGUCUACAGUAUGUCAUAUUUCAUCACGUCAGUCAUGUGACCCACUUUACUAACACUGAAUGAAUGCUUAAAAAUUACACGUGUGUGAUAAAAGUGAAAUCUGAGGUUCAUAAACAGUUAAAUGAUUUAUUGGUAGUAUGUUUACUAGUUAAACCUUACUGCAGAAUCCUUUGGACACGUAAACCUGACUGCUGGGAAUUGUAUCUUUUGCUGGGAUCAGGUAGAUUUGGGGACAGUGCAUCAUGUAUGGCCGGAGCCCGCCGCUGCGCCCGGGACAAUGAGGGUUCCUGUGCGGCGACUGGCCGGGCUCUGGCCGUGGCUGCUCAUGGCCGCCUUACAGGUGGUGUUGGGCCACACUGGGUUGGAACUAGCUGCUGCCGUUGAGUCGGAAAGAUCUGCGCCCAAAGCCAUGAUCAAGGUGACCCUACUGAAGCAGGAACCCACCAGCAGGCCCAUCACGCUGGAAGGAGUUUUCGUCGGAGGCAGUGCCGGCUAUGCCGAGGGGAAACUGAUGCAGUCUCACCCGUUGUCUCUGUGUAACAACAGUGAGGAUGAGCGACAGGAGUCGGCCUUCAUCACCAUUGUCAAACUGGAGAGUCCAGAAAGUAAAGUGCACCAGUGUCAGCCACUGCUCAGUAAAGCCCGGUUGGCUCUUCAGAGAGGGGCUCAGGCGGUCAUCUUCGAUAUAACAGAUGAUGCCGGUGCUGCUCAAGAGUUUCGUGAUUUGGGUUUGUUGCCGCGGCCGGUCGUAUUGGUGAAGUCGUCAGACGCCGAGGAACUGAUGGGACUCGUCAACAAGAACGAGGAAGCCAUGGUGUUGAUAGACAUCAUGAUGGAGGCUCCUAAAUGGCCUCACUAUGAUGUUGGCAUUCUCCUGACCGUUGCUCUGGCUGUGUUGGCCAUCAUCAUGAUCUUUGCCAUGCGCUUUUUCUGCAGGUCCAACAGAACUUGGGACUCCGUGCAUCAGCAGACCAUGCGGGCCAUCGGCAGGCUGGAGACGCGCACGUACGUCUCUCCGGGCUGCAGCGGAUCCCAGCGUUCACGUGGAGCUCUGGGGUCAAGCAGCAGUUCUGGGUCCGGUCCGGUCUGUGCCAUCUGUCUCGAGGAGUUCAUGGAUGGCCAGGAUUUGAGGAUCAUCUCCUGUGCUCAUGAGUUUCAUAAGGAAUGUGUCGACCCCUGGCUCUUACAGCACCGAACCUGCCCGCUGUGCAUGCAUAACAUCAUGGGUAAACAGACUGAGUUAACAUCCCGCCAGCCCCAAAGAAGCCGCAUGCCGGCUCCUCCACCGGACCAUCACAGUCAAGCUUUCCUUCUUCCUCAUCAUUAUUCAACCCCACACCCUUACCCUCAGCACCACAUCCCCUUCUCCAUGCGGCAUCAUUACCCCCGCACGCCAUCUGGACCUUUACCCCAACUGGGUCACUGUGGUACCUCUCCCCCUCUCCAUCCACGCACCCUGCGAUGCUUUCCUAGCAGACCGUUGGGUGCCAGUUGCGUGUACCACCUCACCCCAGAUGGCCAUCACGGACGAGUGCACAGACCAAGCGGGCACGGGUGUCGGACAGCAGGGCAUCACUUCGCGGCCCCCAGACGUUCGUGUCCUCGUUGCCCCGCAGGUACCCAGCGGAACGCUUCGGCUUCUCGGGCGCAUCACGGGGCCCACCAUCAUGCUCAUCAUGGGGGAGGUACACAUGGUCGCCAGGACGAUGGCAGCUGCUCGGGAGCGAGUUAUCACACGGAGCGCAGUGGUUACCUUGCAGACGGACCGGCCAGCGAUACCAGCUCGGGAUCGUGCCACGGCUCGUCCAGCGACUCGGUACUGAAUUGUACGGACGUUAGCCUUCAGGGCGUCUAUGGCAGCUGGUCUACUUUCCGCAGUUCGCUUAGCAGUGAGUACGACCCAUUUGUGUACGGCCCGAGCAAAGGAGGAACCCCAGAGGCCACCCAGAGGCCUCGGUCCCUGGACUCAGUAGUGAACCGCUCGGGAAACGGACCUGAUGGGAACGGGAUUUGCUCGGAGGAGCAGCAACAGCAGGUGGCUGUUUUCAGUCACGUCCACUUUCACAGACAUAGACACCACUAUUAUGAGGAUGGAGAGCUCGGUCAAGGGCCCGGCCGGGGCUCUGACGCAGAUCAGGGAGCCUCAGCCGCACUAGCGUGUGGCCCCUGUAAUGUAGUUAAAGACAAAGACUGCCAAAUGCAGCACCUAUCUUGCAACUGUCCCAAAGCGGACAUCAGUUUGAGGGGGCUCGAGGACAAAGACACAAGUCCUGUGUCCUCAUCGGGCCCCUCUGUGGUUGUAACGUCUUCCUCUUUAUCUUCUCCGUCACCAGCUUGUUGCCACAAGGGCUCGGCGUGGCCCAGCAGACGGAAAGCAACCGGCUGUACGUUGGAAGCGACUGCGCCGGUUGUACAUUUCCAUCAAAACUUGGACCUUCAAGAGGAUUGUAGCCUUCACAUUCACUACAGACAGGGGACUGGAAACUAUUGCUGCACAUCUCCGGAAGUGACUCCCGCUCUCCUUCCGGUUCCCCUGAUUUUGGACUCAACGGGGAUGGGCGACUGGCCGUGCUGCGGCGGGGCUCAUGUUGUGUGGCAGAAACGCAUGCAGCCGGCCCGUUCAGAUCCUCAGCUUCCAAGCUCGGGCUCUACAUCGGACAGACCUCUAUGUAGGGCUCAUCACAACCCAGGCCAUGAACUUCCUAGGGACAUCUGUCUGUACUGCCAAGCUUUACAUAGUAGUCAGGAGGAAGAGUCUGGCGUAUGAGAAACUCUUCAUCCUGAACUCCUCACGCUGCUACACAAGAGCCGACAUGGACAAAACUAUUCGGCUGUUUCUUGCUGUCUCUUUCAUAAACACACACACACACAGUGUUCCUGAUAAUUCCAAACUGCAUUUCCCACGGCAAUGUCAUUCUUCAUUGGAAAGUCAAGCAAAUUGGAAAUUCAUCAGCUGUCUGUUCAUAUUUCAUUGAUACCUGUUACAGGUACAUGAACAAAUGCUUGUGUCCUCUGUAACAUUUUUCUUCUGCUCCGGUCAAUUUUCUGUUUCAGGUCAAGUACUCGCAUAACUGAGCAACUUUGAAACUUAACUGGUUUAUCUCUCACAUUUGCUUUAAUGGAACAGAACUGCCACAGUAACUCGUGCAUACAUGUACAGUUGUGCAUCUGUGUACUCAAAUAUCUCCUCUCAGUCUUAUAGCAUCCAUACAUUAGUUCACUCGCAUCCCCAUCUUCACAUACUUCUUAAACGUUAAACAGCCGUUCAGCUUUCCUGCAUCGGAAGUUCGUUCCGUGGGUAAGCGUUUUCCAGCACUACCUCAGAUAACCAAUCAGAAAAGUCCUGUUAGCGAGACGGUACCCGUACAACGACCUCUCUUACCUCUGAUAGAUAUUAACCCAGAGAAAAGAUAAAGAUCUUUACUUCAUACAAUCUGUCCCUGGAACGGAGCCCUGACGGUUACAUAAGGUUCCAGGUCGUAGUUUUUUUUCAUUCAGUUAUGGCAGCUGUUAUUUCCUACAUGAAUUGACUGAAUAUAUGGGGAACGUCGUGAAGACGUUUUCUGUUUCGGUUCUGUCGUUUGUCGUGGCCGAGAAGGACUACGUUUCCCAUAGUGCUUUGCUUUUAAAUCCGUAAAAGUGUCCGUAAAGGGACGCUGACAUUUCAUAAAAAGUCACCAGCUUACAAGCUCACCAAAAGUGCCUGUGUCCUUUCAAAUGAACAUUACAUGAAGUUUAUACAUGUACGUUUGAUCAUUAAUCUACUGACAUGCUGAUUUUAUUUUGUAAUACCAAGGUAAUGCAAUGCUUAGCAAACCACCAGAAACAUUUCUCUUUAAUCUGUUACCGAGAAGUCUCUGUUGACAUAGAUUUUAAUAGAAACCUUUUUAUGAUAGAUUUAUCAUUUUAGUACUGUGACAAGCUGUCGAUUACCACAGAAAAUCGUACUUAAUACAGCAGUCUCAGAUUUUUUUAACACUUACAGUAUUGCAUCUAUGAUGCAAACAUUAAUUUCAAUGUUAUAAAAGUGACACAGAAUUUUGUAUUAAAUGAUAAUAUUUCACUCAUGCUGUUAAAUGUGCAUUGUGUGCAUUUAAGGAGGAUCACUUGAUAGAAAUGCAAUAUAAUCUACAUUAAUAUAUUAUCAGUGGUAUAUAAAGACCUUACAUAAUAAACUGUAUUGUUUUAAUUACCUUAAAAUAAAAUUUGCGUACACUGCGGGUCCCCUUACAUUACGUCAUCAUGUUUCUACAGUAGCCCUAAACGGACAAACUGCUCUAUAGAGUGCGUUUCGUAACAGCCCAGUCACACGAAAUUACGUACCAAUAGCCACGUAAUUUUUUAAUUUUUUUCGUGAUGCUGUCACAAAUUUCCGCGUUUUUUCGUGAUUGUAUCACCAAUUUCUGUUUAUGUGUGAUUAUCACGUAUUGGUUACUCGACUGUUUUGUCCUAUUUUCUUACCAUUGUCGUUCGGUUUAGGGUUAGAUUUACAUAAAAUGACAUCCUUACCCAAAACUCAACUCAUGCUACAUGCACACCAAACGCGGGGCAUCGCGUUACUCACUCUAGGUUACUCGCGGGAUUUAACUUCAUGUCAUGCGAAUUUUUCGCUUCCGUUGAAUAUUUUCGAAGGCGCGUUUGAGGCGAAUAGCUCAUGUUUUCGCGGCAAACACGCCACCCAUAUCGCGUCUUUCGCAUCGCCCCGCGCGAGGAUGCGUCUGAUCGCGUCUUUGCAUUGACUUUGUAUGUAAUCUAUUCGCGCAAAUCGUUAGACACGCAUCUGGUGUAAACCCACAGUAACCCUAACGCCAGGCGACAAUGGUUUAAAAAAGAUUUUCUAAUUUUUAAUCCGAAAAAAAUUGUAUAAACCAAUAUUUAAAGUUACAUCCUAACGCAAACACCAAAUCUUACCCUAAACCGAAGCAAAAAUGGUUUAAAAAUAGGAAAAUGCAGUUGAGUAACCAAUACGUGCCAAUGACACAUAAACAGAAAUUCGUUAUACGAUCACGGAAAAACUGACGGUAUCGUGACGGUAUCACGAAACUAUAGGUACAUAAUUUUGUGAGACUGGGAAGUUCGUAACUACUUUGACAUGUUUGUCCUUUGGCAGCUACCUUAGCAUCUCUUUUAGUUUCGAAAUUGAGGUGCAAUUUGCAAUCUCACAGAUAGAUGCCGCUAAAAACACAUUUCACUCUUAAAGGGAUAGUUCAAAAAUGAAAAAAAAGAUUGUUUGUGGUAAUCAACAACGUGAUACAGAUGCUUCUCACUUUUGUUGGACCCAUAUGAUUAUUUUAUCAGAAAAGAACACUGGAAAAUAGUGAUUUCAUUGUUGUAUCUUUAAUGAAAGUUAUUUGUUAAAUUGACAAAUGGAAAUAUAAUUAUGCACAGUUGUAGCUGGUUUCCGAAUACCUGAACCACAUUUUUAUGUAUUAUUAUCAUUGCCAUAUUUCUCAUGUCAGAUUUUUUCAUGGUUUAAACUUCUUAAGACCUGAAUGUUGUUUUGUUUUGUCAUUAAGUGGUCAAAGGUUAAAGGUUAUGAUUAGGGAUGCACCAAAAUAUCGGCAGAAUUUCUUUUUUUUUUGGCUUUUUUAAAAAAAAACAUCUGAUGAUAUCCUGACAACCAUUCAUGACGUAAACAUUUGAAAUGAGAAAAAGCAAAACUAUCAGUAUCGAUUGGUAUCGGUAGAUGUCAUUCUAAAAAUUUUGCAUCAGUGCAUUCCUAGUUAUGAACCUUUGAUCCACAUUGCAUCUCUCCAAAUUUUAAAACCCCAGAAAGAUUCCCACAUCUUUUAAUCAGUGAUUUGCAGGUUUUACAAUUUGAUAUACAUUGUAAAACUUAUUUUGUUCUCAGGUCUAUGGUAUUUCACAGCUUGCCAUCACUAGAAAAAUGAUAUUGAAUUUAUUUUGACUAUAAGAAUGUAUUGAUUUGACUUUUCUAACGCUGGAAAUCUUCAAUUCCCAUCAUAUGUCUUUUAACUGCAUGAAUUCUGUCUCAUGUCUAUGCAACAGUUGGAUCUGCAUUAACUUUAUCAACCAAAGAUACGUCACCUGUGCAUUAACCUGUAAAGUCACUUUAUAGUGGAAAAUAUAAUGUACAAAUGUGUGACGUGAUAUUCAUCUGCUAGCAUGUUGUCUUUCAUUUCACAUCAGUUCAAACGAUUACUACGCAAACUUUCUUUGCACUUCCAUGUUGCCAUUGAUUUAUUUGCCAUCAAGCUCAGCGUGUACAACUCGGCUUUGUCUAAAAAAAAAAAAUGAUGCAAACAGCACUUUGCCUUGAGGAAAAAUAUGCAUAUGAUUCAAGAGAGGAACUCAAAGUGAAAGCAGUAUGUAGCUAAUAAUUCAAAGACAAUAUUAUGUCAAUCAAUGAAACAAUGGUUGAUUUUUUUCUACCUUGUGUUUGUUGUCAUUCAUGUCUGUAUUGUUUAUUUGCUCUUUUCAACAGAGGAUUACCUGAAACUGCCUUUUUAUCAGAGCAAAAUCCCUUCAGAAAUCAGGGGAUAUGCCAGUAUAUUUUCAAUAUUUUGUGUUAAAAAAAGACAAAACAGUUAGAAGAUAAAAGUGUUGUAUUUUAUAUAUAAUAGAACAUUUCAAUAUGGUAAUGUCAUUAAUAUAUUUAUUUACUAAUAUAUUUAUCCAUUUUGUCCAGGUCUGAGAAAGUAAAGAAAUGUUAUUUUCUCACUUUUGGAUUUUUAUCUUUACGAAAC